AUGCUAUUUGAUCAGAACUAUCGAAAACCACUGCGAAAGCAGAAUGACUUCGACCAAGAUCACACAAGACUGCAUUGGUGCCUGGUUAUUGUUACAGGCGCAGGGGUCACACUAAAUGCAACCCAAGGAGAUCCUGGAGAAAAUGUGGCUGAAUUGACAUGGAAUGGUCUGAUAAGGCACGGGCUAAAACACUUGUCCGGACUCCCAGAGAUUGGGUCGCAAAAUGACAGUCUCAGAUGCGCAGAUACUUUGAUAAACAGCAACUCUACUGGCGCCCUAAUGGAUGCAAUAAAUAUCAUGACGCGUCUUAUGAAUGACUAUGGCGAGCUAGCCUCCUGGCUGAAAAAGAUCUUCUCAAACUUGGAAGUGCGGAAGCCCGCCUUACUGGAUGUGCUGCGCGAGCUGCACAAUGAAGGGGCUAUCCUCGUUACGACAAACUACGAUCAUCUCCUCGGAAUACAUUGCGAGCUCCGAUCAAUCUCUCCCUCUGACAAUCCGGAUGAUAUCAAAAACUUCAAAUGUGGGGAUGUAGACGGCAUCUUCCAUCUACAUGGAAGUUAUCUGCGGUCGCAGGAUGUUGUCUUGAACACAACCGACUACUCUCGCACUGUGAACUCAGAAUUCCGGUAUAUGCUCGAAAAGUUCUGGAUGUUUGACACAGUCCUGUUCGUUGGCUGCGGUGCCGCCGGUCUUGCCGACCCAAAUUUCGGGCCUCUCUUGACCUGGCUCAAAGAAUACCAGAAGAAUAUUCCUAGGAGACACUGCACAUUGGUCAGGCAAGGAGACGCCUCAGAUUUCAGGCCGCUGAAAACACUGAACUACGGCACAGAUUAUUCGGAUAUGGCCAAUUAUUUGCGGCAAAUUCUAAGAAGUGUUGCAGAAUUGCGCAGUCAAUUCGGUGGAAGGACUUCCCACGAUAAGAAUGAUUCGCAGUCUAGGCACCGUCAAACCGCUACUGAAGAGCCAAUGAGCAAGAUCUCUCAGCGCUCGGGCACUCCAGUCAUUGAAGUGUCCCAACAAGCGAUAGAUCUUUUUGCUGCUGUUAACAGGGCAGACUCUGCUAAGGUGUGCCAGUUGCUGAAAUCGGGAGCAAAUGCCAACACAAGGAUGGACAACGGGUGGGCAGUAUUUCAUGCAGCUGUCAAAAAGCAGAACAUGGAGAUUAUACAAUGCUUGCUGGACGCUGGUACACGUGUCAAUGCAAGGAUGAAUAAUGGAUGGACACCACUACACGAAGCAGCAAAGGGAGGUUCCAAGGAAAUUGUGCAGCAACUGCUACAGCACUCUGCUUUUGUGGAUGCACAUAUGAGUGAUAUAAAUGCUCGGCUACUCAUCGAGAAGAAUGCUAAUGUCAAUACAAACUUAAACAAUAUGUGGACACCAUUACAUGAAGCUGUCAAAGAGAAGAGCAGGGAAAUUAUACAGCAAUUACUGAAUAACAAUGCUAAUCUGGGUGCAAAAAUGGAUAGUGGAUGGACACCACUUCACGAGGCAGCCAAGGGAGGUGACUCGGGUAUUGUUCAGCUGUUGCUGGAUGUGGGUGCAAAUGUCAACGCAAGGAUGGAAAAUGGAAGGGCACCACUACAUGAAGCCGCCAAGACGGGCAGCGUGGAGAUUGUCCAACUACUUCUAAACAAAGAAGUUCAGAAGAACGCAGCAAUGGAUAAUGGAUGGACGCCACUUCACGAAGCAGUUCAGGAGAACAAUAUGGGGGUUGCCCAGCUGCUCCUUGAUAAUAAUGUCAAGACAAAUCCGAGGACGGGUAAUGGUUGGACACCUUCACAUGAAGCAGUGAAGAACGGUAAUAUGGCGAUUCUGCAACUGCCUCUUGAAAGAGAAGCAGAUACGAAUGCCAACUUUGACAACAGGUGGACACCAUUACAUGAAGCAGUCGAGAAAAAUAACCAAGAAAUUAUAAAACAACUGCUAGCCAAUGGUGCGGAUCUUAGUGCGAAGAUGAAUCGUGGAUGGACACCACUACAUGAAGCAGCCAAUGAAGGUAGUAUGGAGACUGUUCGGCUACUACUGGACGUUGGUGCCAAUCCAGAAGCGAAGACGGAUCAUAAACACACACCACUGGACGUUGCAAUCCGCAGAGGGAAUUCAGAGAUGAUCCAAGUGAUGAGGGAUAGAAGACUGUCACUUGGGAGCCUUGCUGCGUAA